ACAUUCUUUUGGUAGUAACUCGAGCAGAAGUUUGGCAUUGUACAGGCGACGCGGAGCGCAGAGAUGGGGAAGAGCUACCGCCGGCUGCCCUUGGUUCUCUUCUUGGCCCUCCUCUCGUUCUCGGGUGCCGUUGGGUUCCAGUCAGAUGAGUUGGUGCAGGAUGAUGAAGAAUUCGGGCUCGAGGGUGGCCGACCAGCCGUCGAUCCGCAACCUUCCAUCCCUACCCAACCGCCGCUCCGCCGCAAACCUGAGCUUGAUCUUCCCUUCGGAUCAUCCGAUUCCAAGUCGGUCCAGUUCUCUCUGGAGCAUCAGUUGGGAACCUCUGGGUUCUCGCCUGCUGGAACUUUGACUGCUCGCCUCAAGUCUUGGAGCCAUGGAGGGCAGACUCUGACCAAGCUUAGGUUCUCGAGAAACGCGCUGGCAGAAGAAGAAAAGGAGGCUUUCAAGAAGCUAUUGAAGGAAGAUGGAUACUAUACGAUCAGACUACCAUCUAAUGUGUUAGACCCUCCGGGAAGAGAUUUUGUUGUUUCAUCAGUCAGAGCUAGGUGCAUUCCUAGAGAGAGUUUGGACGAGCAUUUGGUCAUCCAUAUGGAUGGUGUGAAUAUUUUGGCAGUGAAUUAUGGGUCAGCUGGAGCUUGUCAAUAUCCGAGAUUACUCAGAUAUCCUGCAAAGUGGUCUUUCACGUCAUACACUGUCAUGAAGACCAGUGAGCAAGCUCCAAGAACUCCGACAUUUACUGAAGAAUUGCUUGCUGCAGAGGAGGGAGUUGGUGAAGGUGUGAUGCCACCCGAAAGAUCUUUCUGGGCUAAAUAUUGGAUGUAUUUAAUUCCUCUAGUCUUCAUUGUGCUGAAUGCCAUGACCCAAGCCAUGAACAUGCCGGAGGAAGGGGCUGCUGGGCAAGCUGCACAGCGGGCACCAAGUGCUAAUGCUAGAAGAAGAUGAAAAUGAGUAGCUCAAGAAAUUAGACCAGGAUUAUGAAUGAGAAAGCCGGCGCGUUCCUCUUGCAGGCGAAGUCCAAGUGCUCUGUUUCUUAUUUGCAUGGUGCUUCAUGCUUUUGGUCCUGAAGCCAAAAUCAUGAAACUGAUACUUGAUCGGCAUCAAACAUUGUUGCCUCCUUAGUCCUUCACUAGAUUAUUCAAAUACUCAAUUCUCAUUCAGAAAAUUAUCGUACAACUAAAAUCAUUCAGAUGCUUCCACAUUCGCAUUUUCUUCAGUCGUAUUAUUUAUUAGAUCACUGUCAAACAGACACUAAUUUGAGACUCUAAAUGUUGCAUCAGCAAUAUCCAACGUUUCAUAUUACUCCA